AUGGACGACUCGUUGGACGCGCGGAGAGGUAUAGAGAGCGUCGUUAUGACGACAGGAGAUGUGAUAACGAGUGGUGACGUCGUUUCAGUUGUUGACGACUCGGAAGACAUUCUGUCGUCUCUGUCGUGUAAUAUCGCCGGACAGGACCUCGACUUUGAGCCCGCGCUCGAGUUCGACGACACGGAACUCGACAAAGACUCGGACGACGACCAGCACUACGACGACGACGACGAAGACGACGCGAUGUCCCACGACUUGAGUCACGCCUACCUCCAGACGGCGGACGACAACUUCGAGGAGGCGUUGGGCGCCGAAGACCCCGACAGAGAGGACUUCGAGGACGUGGCGCGUCAUGGAGUGGUGGAAGUGGCCGGCGAUGACCUCUUCGCGCGGAAAGUGAUCGCAAUAUACGCGUGUCGUCUGCCGGACAGCAAAACCUUCAAUUGGAUGCGAUUUCUGCGAUACCUUUUGCAUACUUUGGAUCAGUUCGUGGAAAGCGAUUACACUCUCGUGUACUUCCACUGCGGCCUCAACUCCCACAACAAGCCGCCCGUGCGCUGGCUUUGGACGGCUUUCCGCGCCUUCGACCGCAAGUACAAGAAGAACCUGAAGGCGCUGCUUCUCGUGCACCCGACGUCUUUCGUGCGAAUCGUGUUCCACGUCUUCCGCCCAGUCAUCAGCGCGAAGUUCGGCCGAAAAGUGCACACAAUUUCUCAUUUGGAAGAAUUGAAUCAAUUUCUUCACGUCAAACAACUUCCGCUUCCCAAACAACUGCUCGACCACGACCGCAAGAUCGCGAGACGGCGCUCCCUUUUGGCGCCCUCUGUCGGCCAAACUCCAGACACACAGCAGUUCCGCGUUUCGCUCCAAUUUCUCGUCGCCCACAACGACGGCGAUCCCAUUCCGCGCGUCGUCCGCACGUGCGUCGCGUACUUGUCCACCGAAGACGCGCUGUCCACCGAAGGCCUGUUCCGGCGCUCGGCGAACGUCCAGACCGUCCAAGAACUGCAGCAACGCUUCAACGCCGGCCAAGACGUGGACUUCUCGCGCGUCGCCGGCGAGGACUCGGGCGUCCACGUGGCCGCCGCGCUCCUCAAGUCCUUCCUGCGCGACCUCCGCGAACCUCUCCUCACCUUUGACCUCUACGACGACGUCAUCGACUUCCAGGCCAUCGGCGGACGCCAUCAGGAGAAGGUUGCCGUCGCGCGCUCUCUCGUCGGCCAACGCCUCCCGAAAGACAACCAAAAGUUGCUGCGCUACAUCGUGGACCUGUUGGUGAAAGUGAUGGACAGAGCGGACCUGAACAAGAUGACGUCAUCGAAUCUGGCCAUCGUCUUCGGGCCGAAUCUCUUGUGGUCGGACUCUCGCGAGACGACUCUUCCAUCCAUUACAGCAAUCAAUCACUUCUCGGAAUUCGUUUUCAAACACAAAGACCUUCUGUUCGACAAAUAG